AUGACCGAGCCACUAAGCAUGAAGCUGGAAGACGACACCGUGCUUGUCGACGGCAUCCUUUGUAUCUCUUUUCAGCGCACUGUCCGUGUCCCAGACAACCACCAGACUUCUUUCCUCCCGCCAGAUCUUGGCAAGUUCCCGCUGAAGCCUGUAUCUAAGUACACCGGCAAGAUGCGCAAUGAGAUGAGGGCUAAGGGCGGCUUGUUCUUCCCCAUGUACCAGUCUGAAGCUAUGUGGAUCAACUUCUCCUGCACAAAAGACCAGUCAUACAUGAUCAAGAUCUAUGUCGGCGGCGUCAAUGCCAUUUCCGGUGAGCCGGCGGUCGAGGAUGGAGCAACGAGGCUGAGGCGCCAAGCGAAGUGGGCGGCUAUGCAUCGAGACGAUAGGUCCAACCACGACCCUCGUGUUGCUGCUUCAGCUCUGCAAGAUUACAUUGUUGUUCCAGCACAACGCUGGCUCGAUGGUAUCGCUGAGUUUGGCGGCCACGUGCGACAGUUCGUGGCGAUGCCGUUUGGCAGCGGCUACUCCGUGGAAUCGCAGGUGUCGGGGAAGGAUAGCGUGGGCGGUAUUCAGUUCGAGAUCACGCCUUACAAGCCUCAGGUUGAUCUAUUGACCAUGUCCGCACCUCGCCGUAUUCCUAAUGGAGAACAUCGGAUCUUUGUGAAGACACUUACCGGCAAGGUCAUAACGCUAGGAGUUGACCUUCAAGAGACCGUUUUCACUGUCAUGACCCGCAUCCACGCGAAAGAGGGUAUACCGCCAGAUCAGCAGCGCCUUGUCUUUGGCGGACGGCGGCUUGAGCCUCAUCAAGCGCUGUCCUAUUACAAGAUCGGGAUCGAGAGUACCUUGCACUUAGUCCUCAGCCUUCGUGGCGGCUACCAGGAGCCGCCUCACGAGAUGAGUGUCGCAGCCGGAGGCAAGAUCACGCAGUGCAUUAAGCCUGACCUGCUAGGCUCAGAGUGGCAAUCAAAUCGCACCACGGUGUUCAAUGUCCAGAUCCUCAACUCAGUCAUCUACCACAGCGUCACCGGCGAAGCUCCUCCAACCCAACCGAUGCGUGCCAGUGAUUACGCCCGCCAUGGUCUCCCGUUCUUUAAGAUGUACGAGGAGCUGAGCAGCAUCUACGGCAACUUCGCCGACGUCAAGUCUGUUGCCCAGAUCGACGACGAGCAGGACGUGGAAGUGAAGCCAACCACAGUCGCUAUCGGCGGUCGUCCGGUUGGUUUGGCCAACCCUGGCGGUCCGCUUCGCGAAUUCCGCACGCUCGCUGAUCUCAAGAAGCAGCUGGAGUCUGUCCACAUCGCCUCGUUUUGA